GCCAGACAGUCCUUAGAGGCUGCUUUUCCUCUUUGCAUUCAAGGAGCGAAAGAUAAAUGUAGAAGAUUUCAUGUGUUUAUUUAUUUAUAUGAAGAUUUAUAGAAGAUUAUCUUAAAGAAAACAAAUAAUUACGUGUCUGAGAUAGCAAAAUUGAGAAUGCUAAAUCUGCGAUGAUUUUUUUUAUUAACGGCAUGUUUCACACCUUUGUGAAACUUACCUUUUUGAAAAUUCUUAUGUGAAACAUCAUCUAUUAUAGGUGAUGGGGAAACAUUUUUAAGGCUCUUGUGCACGCACUCACUCCAAGGAAGGAAACUACCCUUUUCCAAUCCGCCGACCUCCGUCUAUUUUCGUCGUCUCCUAGCAACAACCUUGACCGACAUGUCGGAGGCAUCCAGCCACGAAAGUGAUUGUCCGGCACAAUCGCACGGACACGGUUGAGAGAGCGCGUUUUCUGAAAAGUACCAGGAAGAGAUUAAUCUGAUUUUUCAUUUGAGUAAAACGAAUUAUUCAUUUUGGUGGUUUAAAGAAUCCAUGAUCCAUCUCUUAUGAUUGGUAUACAGAAUGGGCACUCAGGAAAUCCAUUUGAAGACAGCCUGGAGCAAGAGGCUCCGCCACGCUUUAUCCCAUCCAAAGAUGCCAAUCCGGCCUUUAUUAAAAUCCCCAUCGUUAUCGCUUGCACUAUAGUGGUUUUCGUUCUUCUUAUCGCUGGAACUGCAACUACUGUGAUUUCAUAUCCUCCGGAACCUCCAGAAUGGCGGAUGGAGGAAGAUAGUGAGGAUGGACCUGUCCAGAAGAAACUGAGUGUCCACACAGCUCUUGAUGGUGAUUACAAACUGCUGGGUCCACUUUUAAUAAUGGCAGGUGGAUUCCUUCUUAUUGUAGAUAUCGUGCUUUGCGUCAUUGUCACCAAAGAAGCCUACAUCGCUCAACGUUCCAUCAGGCCAAAUUCAAAUAUACCGAACAGUUCAGAACCCAUGUCGCUAUUGGGAGGUCCAUUUUUCCUUGCAGUUCCUUCGUUGACCGACCGAAGUGCAGUCACCCCUUUUGCUUUCUCCAGACAGCUGUGGACUCUGCCCAAUGCGCCUUUACCCGAUUUCGCGUCUGAUGAUGUUCCUCUUAAAGGGUCCAGGAUUCGACCCGGGACGGCUGUUAUCACCAGAAAUCAUCAACCCCCUUUCAAUCCAGAUGUUGAAAUGCUCUCACCAACAGAAGACAGUUCCAAGGAUUGAUUGAUCACAGCUGUUAUCAAACCCAUUAAGAAGAGAUUAACUAUUUAGUUUGUUAGCUGUUCUAGUCGGAAAUAAAGACAAUAUGGAUAUUAAAAU